AAGUCUGUAUACAGAAAAAAUAGCACUAUUGAGCCUCACUAUAUGCGAACAGACUAUUCGAACACUGUAGCGAGAUCAUAUCUUGCAAUUUGCGUAAGAGACAAUUGUUUCUUUUUAGUGUUUCUCCACUAUUUUGUCUACCGCGCGAAUGACGUUCCAUCGUGUGACUUGGGAGUGAGUGUUCAUGCACAAAAAUUUUUUGUUUUUUGAAAACUCAGUUUCCUCUCUCUUUCGUGGCUGCACAACUAAUGCGCAUCUGCUAUGGUGAUAGUGUGACUCGGCCGUUUGAAUCAAAUUUUUAUCUUAAACUUGGUGAGGGAUUUCCUCUCGUACGGACUUGCUCGACGUCAAAGGGCGUAUAGCUAAUCACCGCCGUUAAUGAAUGCAGCGUCAACAAUGAACGCCGCUUUGCAGCGUGGGGCGCCUAUAAAUAAAAACAACGGAGGAAAAAAAAAGAAAAAGAAGAGCAAGAACAACAAGAAAAACGGCCAGGCGGCUUUGUCGAUAUCUGAAUCGGUCUUAUCGGCAGAAGACACAAUUGGAAUAAACUCGACAUUCGCUCCUACGUUGAAGGAGACAACGCCAGCUCGCAUACCCGAAGUGUCAAUUAUACCCUUAAACGCGACUAGGACCAACUCUUUUGCGCCGACUGUGUCUGCUAUAGAUUCCUCGGCCUCGACCACCGUGGUAACGUCGCAAAAAGCUGGAGGAGACGAAGCAUCAAAGAAGAAGAAAAAACGGAAGAAGAAAAAGAAGAAAACUGCUAGUGAUGCGAAAUCAUCGGGCGCAGGCGAUGCAAAAGCAGAUGGACCAGCAGUUACCGUGAUUCCAUUAAAUAAAGAUCCAGGUGCAAUACCUGCACACCUUAAUCCUGCUGUUGCGAUAUCACAAAGAGCCGGCUCUCAAGGACCAAAGGUAAUUGAGUGCUCUCCGGUGGUAACUCUGAUCGGUACGAACAAGAAAGCCAAAGGUCACGGAGCUUUGUAUAAUCCGCCGAAUCCACUAAAGGUUCACACACCAGCCAUUGACGAGGAGCCACUCUCUAACGAACAGGUGCAGACGAUCGGUGGUGGCUUCAGAUUUCCUUCUUCGUUGCAGCCGGUGUUCGAAACUCCGGAAAGUAUUGCCGUGAACACCGGCGUUGUCUUGAAUCAAGAGACAAGCGGAGUCCUCACGAUUGUUCCCGUCCGGCAGGAAGGGGAGAAGAAGCGCCGCAAUCGUAAUAAGAUCCUCCCGCCCUGCUGUGAACUUCGUGGUAGUUCGGGCCUUGAGGUUGUCUGUCCGCAUUCGAAUAAGCCCAUCCCCAACUACAACUUCAUCGUGAAUGAGGACAGGGAGAAAUCGCGCCAGUUGCAGGAAACACAGGAGUCACUUCAGCACAUAGAUGAUCCGGAAGUGUUGGAUUCUCUGGCGAGCAUUGACCACUCCGUCACGAUAAAGUUAGUCGGAGGAAGGGACGCCCCACAGACAACGGUGCACCGGCAAGGUGACAAAAAUACGACAAUCCUAGUUCAGGCCGCGGACGCUAUGAAAAAAAACGUUCCUAACAACAACAGUGGAGCGGUGGAGCAGCCGACCGUCAAUAAUACUCCGCCUGGAGAUGCUGAUAAGGCUAAAAAAGCUAGGUUGAAAGCCGAACGAAAAGCAGCAUUUGAGGCAAAGCGUGCAGCAGAGUUAGCUGCAACCGGAGAUGAUGGGAAGGAAAACAAGAAGGACUUAAGUAAAGCCCAAAGAAGAGCGAUUCAGGAGGCCCAGCGGGCCAAAAAAGCUCAGGCAAAGGAAGCAUCAAAAGGAGGUGAAGUUAAGACGGCGGAAAACAGGGCAGCAGUGCCACCAACAAGCAAAACACGAACGCGAAACGAAAAUAGUUUGGCUGCUGACAAGAAAAAGGAAUUAAAUUCUAGCAAGAAAGUUUCAUUUGCUGACAUACCAUCUGCAACAACUCCGUUUGUGCACAUGCAUACACGGGGCGAGAGCAUAAACAAACUGAGCAAGUACAGCAAAGAUUUGUCGCUGCAUCCUGCGAUGCUUCAACUUGGCUAUCAAAUCGCAGAGGGCCGGAUCGUGGAUGCCGACAAUCGGUGUACGGCUAUGCUUGAAGCUCUACAAAAGCUUGUAGAAGAUUUUGGCACUAGGAAGGAUCAGGAGAAAAAAGAUAUUCGCCAGCUUUCCAAAGAAUUAGGUUCUCAGAUGGACAAAAACAUCGAGUUUCUGGAACACUGUCGACCGCUGUCUGUGUCCAUGUUAAAUGCGCUAUCAUACGUCAAGACGACAAUGGGCGAAGAGUGCACAGAUAUGCGCACCGCUUCUGAAUUCGCCACGAAUAUCAAGGAAACGAUAAUUAGAUUUGUGGAGGUUGAAAUUGGCCUGGCCAGAAGGGCCAUCGUGGCCAACGCCAAGGAUAAGAUCACGGAUGGUGAUGUGGUACUUAUAUACGCUAGUUCGACAUUAAUCAGUGAAAUUCUGCUAGCAUGUCAUGAAGAAGGAAAACAGUUUUCAGUUGUAGUCGUCGACUCACGGCCGCGUCUAGAAGGACGUGAGACUUUGCGUUUGCUUUGCAAGGAGGGCAUCCGGUGUAAAUACAUUUUCAUCAACUCCGUGUCAUAUAUCAUGAAGGAGGUUACAAAAGUUCUACUAAGUGCUGACACCCUUCUUGCCAACGGGUACGUAGCCUCGAAGAUCGGCAGUUCGCAAAUUGCCAUGAUCGCCACUACAUUCAAUGUACCUGUGUUAGUGUGUUGUGAAACCUACAAAUUCUCCGAUAAGGUGCUCGCGGACCCUUUCGUCGACAAUGAGCUUGGCUCCACCGACGAUUUUCUACUCAACCUAUCUGAAGAAAGACGUAUUUCGUUGCGCAACGACUUGCCCUCACGAGUAAGUCUCGUCGACCUCACAUACGACAUUACGCCGCCGGAGUUUGUCACAGUGGUGGUUACUGAACGAGGUUCGCUCCCUUGCACGUCCGUUCCUGUGGUGUUAAGAGUGAGGCAAAACGUGCUUCAAUAAAUGCUUGCAGAUCGAGAGUUGGUGGCAAUUGGUCAGGUUUUGUUUUUGGGUUGAUAUAAUGUGAAUGUGUCCGAUAUAGAGCGAAAACAUUAGAGAUGUCACACAUUUAAUAUCUAAAUACAGUUUCAGCAUCAACAGGCUGAUACCCUAAGAAGGCAUGUAAAUAUGAAUGUUUCAAAAAAAUCAAACAAAAUAAUCAUUAAACUAAUCAGCAGACGAAUACGUCAAAAGUACGUACACAGAUUUACGGGAUGCAAUGAAAUGUUUAUGCCACAGUCAUCGGUACACAAGUCCUUGCAUUAACGACGGUAACUCCUUGUUGUACAGUUGAAUUUAGUUAGACAUCCAAAAAAAAAAAGGAUUAGCAGUGAAACAAAUUGAUACCGUGCUCGAUAUUUGGACAGACAAUGCUAGUGAUAUAGACGGUAGAUAUUUAAUAAAAACGAUACGAAGAUAUUCGUGGAACGAACUGUGUGUCCUGCGACAAAACCCAUUCGCGUCCACUGUAUUUCAUGUCUCAAAAAGGUUGUUAUUGAUACAGCUCUAUAAUUACAUAAAGAUAAUAAAAAUGGACAUAGUUGUGCUAA